AAGUUGCAGGGUCUUCACACAGGGAGCUUUUUCUCUGCUCUGCCUUUCUCGCCAGGACCGCCUGCCAAAAGGACCUUUGGCGACCGUCUCCUUCCCCUGUCCACAGACCACCUUGCCUGCCUGCCGUAACGCCUCCUAACACACUAUGGACCCCAACGCUAUUAAGGAGGAGCUGCGCCUGUUUCAGAGCACCCUGCUCCAGGACGGCCUCAAGGAGCUUCUGAACGAGAACAAGUUUGUGGACUGCACCCUGAAGGUAGGCGACCGCAGCUUCCCCUGCCACCGGCUGAUCAUGGCCGCCUGCAGCCCUUACUUCAGGGAUAUCUUCUUCACCGAAGAUGGGAAGGAGGUGGAGAACACCAAAGAGGUGGUUUUAGACGACGUCAACCCCUCCAUCCUGGACAUGAUCAUCCAGUACCUUUACUCAGCCGAGAUAGACCUGACGGAUGACAACGUUCAGGAUAUCGUCGCUGUGGCCAACAGAUUCCAGAUCCCCUCCGUUUUCACAGUGUGCGUCAACUACCUGCAGAAGAAGCUGUCUAUGAGCAACUGUUUGGCCAUUUUCCGGAUGGGCCUGGUGCUCAGCUGUCCCAGGCUUGCGGUGGCCGGACGCAACUUCAUCGCCGAUCGCUUCGAGCUGCUUCACAAGAACGAGGAGUUCCUAAAGCUGGCGCCUCACGAACUUUUCGCUAUUAUCGGUGGAGACUCGCUGAAUGUGGAGAAAGAGGAGACGGUGUUCGAGGCAGUCAUGGCCUGGGUCCGCCACGACAAGGAUUCGCGCAUCAAGAUCCUGAAGGAUGCUUUCGACUGCGUCCGCUUCCGCCUGCUGCCAGAGAAGUACUUCAAAGAGAAGGUGGAGGCCGAUGACAUCGUCAAGGCCGACGCGGAGCUUCAGAAGACAAUCCAAGUCAUCAGAGACGCCUACAAGGGGAAAGUCCCGGAGAAACCUGUGAAAAAGGAGGGGGCCGAGGGGGCCAGCAAUGCCGAGGAGGAGGAAAGCCCGUUCCCGGGCUUCCUGAAUGACACCGCCAGACUUGGCAUGCACACGCGUGACUUUAUCGUGAUGAUCAAUGACACGGCGGCGGUCGCGUACGACGUCAACGAGAACGAGUGCUUCCUGGCCGCCAUGUCAGAGCAGGUGCCACGUAACCACGUCAGCAUGGUGUCCCAGAAGAACCAGCUCUACAUCAGCGGAGGACUGUUUGUGGACGAGGAAAACAAGGAUGCCCCGUUGCAGUGUUACUUCUACUUGCUUGAUCCGUUCACAUCUGACUGGGCCGCCAUGCCGCCCAUGCCUUCUCCGAGGUGCCUCUUCAACAUCGGGGAGAGCGAGAACCUGCUGUUCGCCGUGGCUGGAAAAGACCUCCAGACCAACGAGUCGCUGGAUACCGUCAUGUGCUACGAUACCGAGAAGAUGAGGUGGACUGAGACCAAGAAACUUCCUCUGAAGAUCCACGGCCAUGCUGUUGUCUCCCACAAAGGCCUGGUAUAUUGCAUUGGAGGAAAGACUGAUGACAACAAGGCUCUCAACAAAAUGUUUGCGUACAACCACAAGCAGUCCGAGUGGAGGGAGCUGGCGGCCAUGAAGACGCCCCGAGCCAUGUUUGGAGCCGUGCUCCACCAGGGCAAGGUGGUGGUGGCUGGUGGGGUCAACGAGGAGGGUCUCACUGCUGCCUGCGAGGCCUACGACUUCACAACAAACAAGUGGGAGCCCUUCACAGAGUUUCCUCAGGAGAGGAGCUCGGUCAACCUGGUGAGCAGCGGCAGCUCCUUGUACGCAGUGGGCGGCUUCACCAUGAUCCAGAUGGAGAACAAGGAGGUGGCUCCCACGGAGGUCACCGACGUCUGGCAGUACGAGGACGACAAGAAGCAGUGGAGCGGCAUGCUGAGGGAGAUGCGUUACGCUGCAGGUUCCUCCUGCGUGUCCAUGCGCUUGAACGCGGCCAGGAUGCCUAAACUGUAGACCGAGCCAUUUUCUGUCCUGCCCCCAUCCAUCCAUCAGCGCCUCCUGAUGACCCCGUCCCCCGCCACCGAGAUGAUCUUUGACAUUAAUUUUUCUCUGAACUCAAAAAUUCCCUCCUGCUGCCAAGUGAAAGCCUGCACCAUCCACACAAACACGAGACACGAUGCACCACUUAGACUGAUCCCCCAAGCUGUUUUCAUCAUUUCUAGCUCAUGUUUUGUAAAAAAUAAAUGUUUAAAAACCUC